AUGCGGCUGGAAUCUCUUCUCUUUCUAUCUUCUCUCUCAACCGCUCAGCCCGACACACCCUCCCAAAACCAUCUCACACACCUCCACACCCACAACCUCCCCUACGGCACCCUAUCCUACUGGGGAAUUCCCGGCCGAGAAAGCCCAGACUGGAACUGGACCUUGAACCUCAACACCACCACUCACAACCACCCAUCCAACCACCAAACCCAACAUCCAGCCCGACGCCCCGCCCAGCACUGCGGCGCCAACAUCGUCUACUGCAACGACACCUCCGCCCACCCAGCCCCCGCCACAACCUGCUCACACCUCCUCACCGUCCUCUCCGAAACACAACACCAAGCCAUUGAUCCCAACACCCGGGCUGUGUAUCUCACCACUCCGCGUCUUGCGGCCCGGACUUAUCACAGCCCUAAUAACCACAACACCGGAUACGGCCAAAAUAGGGGAAAUAGAAAAGAAGAAGAAGAAGAGGGAGACACCUGCGUCCUAUCAUGGCACACCCGCGUGCCGGGGCUGGUGAACGGGCAUCUGGUCGAAGCGGCGGUCGACACGCUGUUGUUGUGUCAUGAAGGGGGUCGGGUGGCGGGGUAUGCGACGGCGGUGAGUCUGAAUGGGGUGUGUACCGUUGAGUGUUUGUCGGGGGGGGCGGAGUGUUUUUUUGGGUGGUGA